AUGCCACAAACAUGCAUACCUCCUGUGAUAGCAAAUGAAGCUGCUUUAGCCUUGUCGAUAUCCCCUGAAUAUAAUAAGAAAAAGGAAUUUAUCAAGGACAAACCAUUGUCAUCAUGUAUUAAGAAAUUGGUGAUGGAUGAUGUUAGUGUUGAUAGGAUUGGUGGGAAUAAGGAUGAUGCAGAUAAUGAAAUUGACCACGGAUUUAAUGAAUUUGAUGAGGAAUGUAAUGAUAUUAACCAGGAUUUUAAUGAAUUUCAUGAGGCAUGUAAUGAUAUUAACCAGGGAUUUAAUGAAUUUGAUGAGGCAGCUAAUGACUUUGAUAUUGGGUUGUACCAACAGAUUUUACAGUCUAAUGAACUGAAUGUAGAUGAUGAGGUUCAUGAAGGUGAGGAAAAUGCAGUUAAUAAGGAAGUCACUGAAGAAGAGAAUCAUGACAGAAAUGAAAUGAAUGAUGAGAAUGUAGAGAUGAGAGAUUUUGCAGUUGAUGAUGGAAGUGAAGAUAACAUAGAGACUAAUGAAAACAAUACUGAAAGAAGUGAGGAGAAUCUUGAAGCAGAAUUUCUUCAAAAAAGAUUACCAAAGCAUAAAGAGAAUGACAGUGAUGAGGUCAAUGAAGAGUUGGAUGUUAUAGAUAAUGAUCAAUGGGAUUCAUUGGAUGAGGGUUCUGAUAUAGAUAGAAAAGAAGAGCUGUAA